AUGUCUUCGAAAGGUAUAAUAAAGAAAAAAACAAAGACUAAUAGUUCAGACGCUACUAAGAAAUUGGCUGAAAAGAUCAAACAACAAGCUUUAUUAAAUCAAAAACAAGAUAAAAAGGAAGAAAUACAAGAAGAGAAAGAAGAAAUUAAAGAUGAUAUCGAAACCACCGAUGAUUCGCUUAAAUUUACAUCCUUUCACGAAUUAAACUUAGUUCCUGAUUUACUUGAAUCUAUAGAUAAAAUGAAAUUUACAAAACCAACUCCAAUUCAAUCAGAAGCUAUACCUUAUGGUUUACAAGGUAAAGAUCUUAUAGGUUUAGCAGUUACUGGUUCUGGUAAAACUGCUGCGUUUGCAAUUCCAAUCUUACAGUCAUUGUGGUAUCAACAAACACCUUAUUUUGCAUUAGUUUUAGCACCAACAAGAGAAUUAGCUUAUCAAAUAAAAGAUACAUUUGAUGCCUUGGGUUCAAAUAUGGGAUUAAAAUCAAGUUGUAUAGUUGGUGGUAUGGAUAUGAUGGAUCAAGCAAGAGAUUUGAUGAGAAAACCACAUGUUAUAGUUGCUACACCAGGUAGAAUAAUGGACCAUUUAGAAAAUACAAAAGGUUUUAAUUUGAAAAAUUUGAAGUACUUAGUCAUGGAUGAAGCUGAUAGAUUAUUAGAUAUGGAUUUUGGUCCAAUAUUAGAUAAAAUAUUGAAAAUAUUACCGAAACAAAGAAAUACUUAUUUAUUUUCAGCUACAAUGACAAAUAAAAUUGAAAAAUUACAAAGAGCAUCAUUAAAUAAUCCAAUUAAAAUAUCAGUAUCUUCAAAAUAUCAAACUGCAGAUAAUUUAAUCCAAUCAAUGAUGUUGGUAAAUGAUGGGUAUAAAAAUACAAUAUUAAUUUACCUACUAAAUGAAUUUAUAGGCAAAUCAAUUAUAAUAUUUACAAGGACAAUAGCAAAUUGUCAAAGAACAUGUUUAUUAGCAAGAAUAUUAGGCUUUAAUUCUGUCCCAUUACAUGGUCAAUUAUCACAAACUCAAAGAUUGGGAAGUUUGAAUAAAUUUAAAUCAGGAAAAUCAAAUAUUUUAAUAGCUACUGAUGUUGCUGCUAGAGGUUUAGAUAUUCCUUCAGUUGAUAUAGUUAUAAAUUAUGAUAUCCCAACUGAUUCAAAAUCUUAUAUUCAUAGAGUAGGUAGAACUGCAAGAGCUGGAAAAUCAGGAAAAUCAAUUUCAUUAAUAACUCAAUAUGAUUUGGAAUUAUAUUUAAGAAUUGAAGCUGUAUUGGGUAAAAAAUUACCAAAAGAAGAUAAUCCAAGUAAAGAAAUUAUUGAUGCUUUACAUAUACAUGUUGAUAAAGCAACUGCUGAAGCUAUAAGACAAACUAAAGAAUUACAUGAUAAAAGAAAAGAAAGUAAUUAUAGAAGAAGAGAUAGAGAUGAUCGAGAUAGGGAAGAACGUUAA